AAGAAAAGUCACCAUUCAGUGCGUGCCUGUUAGUCACGUGAUCGUGACAUUAAAGCGGAAAUGACGGUCUGCUCUUCAUAGACUCACGGUAGAUAAAAGGCGUAGCUGUGCUGUGAUGUGCUGUGAUGAUGGCAUCUGCCAGUGUGUCUCAGUCUGCCAGCAUUCAGGCCACAGAGAAAUCACAGUUGACCUUGAAGGUGUUGUCAGCUAAGCCUCAGUCUCCGAAGCUGCCAAGUCGUCACUCUCGUUUGAGUUCGUUUGUGGAGGUGACUGCUGACGGUUUGACCAGUGAAACAAAAAAAACAGGCAAAUGCACGGGACACCUCGAGCUGCAGUGGAAUGAGGACCUCACCCUGAAUGUGACUCCUCAGAGUCGUUUAGACCUGAAGUUGUGGAGUUGUCACACUUUGAGGAAGGAGCUUUUAGGCAGUGCCACUAUUGACUUACUGGACACUCUACGAACACACGAUGGCAAGAUGGAGAACGUUCAGCUCAGUCUGGUUCUGCAGACGGAGAACAAAGGCUCAGUUGUAGCAGGCGGUGAGCUCAACGUCUGUCUGGAUGGUCUGGUUGUUGAUUUGGGAUCUCUGCCCAAUGGCCGCGCUGCCUCUGACAAGAUUGUUCACUCCAACAGGUCUAAUCUGUGCAGAGUCAAGAGUGAAGAGAUCCCCAGCACCAGUAGCCCCCAUGGACGCAGGGCAGGUCACUCAUCAGCGGGUUCUCGAGGAGGUUCUCCAGCUGACAUCAGAGGAACUGCUCUUACUAAUGGAGAACUGAACGGAGAACCUGCAGACACAACAAGCCACCACAACACAAAGACGGCCAACAGCAGCCCCAGUAACACUGGUAAAGGUAAGACAGCUGCUAAUGGGAUAGACAGCAGUCGACUGUCACGUGCAGCUUCAUCCUCACCAUCACUGAACUCAAACGCCCCUGCUGCCACAGACAGUUCUGAACUGCCACCAGCAACAGAGACCCCAUCCAGCAGCGAACAGACCACUACAGAUACACCUGCCACUGAUACUCUGCCUGCUGGCUGGGAACAGCGAGUUCUGCCUCAUGGACGGGUCUACUACGUGGAUCACAACACAAAGACCACCACAUGGGAGAGACCCCUCCCACCCGGUUGGGAGAAGCGUGUGGACCAGCGUGGUAGAUUCUACUAUGUGGAUCACAACACUAGAACCACCACAUGGCAGCGACCCACUGAAGAGUCUGUGCGUAACUAUGAGCAGUGGCAGUCACAGCGCAGUCAGCUACAGGGAGCCAUGCAGCAAUUCAACCAGAGAUACCUCUACCAGUCAUCUGGAGUUGCGGUUGAGAAUGAUCCGCUGGGCGCUCUUCCUCCAGGCUGGGAGAAACGUCAGGACAAUGGCAGAGUGUACUACGUCAAUCACAACACUCGAACUACACAGUGGGAGGACCCUCGAACCCAAGGGAUGAUUCAGGAGCCGCCCCUGCCACCCGGCUGGGAGAUGAAGUACACCGCAGAGGGGGUGCGAUACUUUGUGGACCACAAUUCUCGCACCACCACCUUUAAAGACCCUCGACCAGGCUUUGAGUCAGGUUCGCGGCAGGGCGGCUCUCCAGGCGCAUACGACCGGAGCUUCAGGUGGAAAUAUCACCAGUUUCGCUUCUUGUGUCAUUCGAACGCUCUGCCCAGUCAUGUGAAGAUCUCUGUUUCACGACAGACUCUGUUUGAAGACUCAUUUCAGCAGAUCAUGAAUAUGAAGCCGUAUGAUCUGCGUCGGAGGCUGUACAUCAUCAUGAGAGGAGAGGAGGGGCUAGAUUAUGGAGGCAUUGCCAGGCAAUGGUUUUUUUUGCUCUCUCAUGAGGUGUUGAACCCUAUGUAUUGUUUGUUUGAGUACGCUGGUAAAAACAACUACUGUCUGCAGAUAAACCCAGCCUCCUCCAUCAACCCUGACCACCUCACAUACUUCCGCUUCAUUGGACGCUUCAUUGCCAUGGCAUUGUAUCAUGGGAAGUUUAUUGACACUGGCUUCACUCUACCCUUCUACAAGCGCAUGCUCAACAAGAAACCCACCCUGAAAGACCUGGAGUCCAUUGACCCUGAGUUUUACAAUUCCAUCAUGUGGGUCAAAGAGAAUGAUCUGGAAGAAUGUGGUGUAGAGCUGUACUUCGCUCAAGACAUGGAGAUUCUGGGUAAAGUGACGACACACCAGCUGAAGAACGAUGGAGAAAAUGAGCUGGUCACUCAGGACAAUAAAGAGGAGUAUAUCAGUCUGCUUACUGAUUGGCGGUUCACACGGGGCGUGGAGGAGCAAACAAAGGCUUUCUUGGAUGGCUUCAAUGAGGUCGUACCGUUGGAGUGGCUGCGGUAUUUUGAUGAGAAAGAGUUGGAGUUGAUGUUGUGUGGGAUGCAGGAGAUCGAUCUGAAUGAUUGGCAGAAGAACACCAUCUAUCGGCAUUACACCAAAAACAGCAAACAGAUCCACUGGUUCUGGCAGGUCGUGAAGGAAAUGGACAAUGAAAAGAGAAUUCGUCUGCUUCAGUUUGUCACAGGAACAUGUCGAUUGCCUGUUGGGGGUUUUGCUGAACUUAUAGGAAGUAACGGGCCACAAAAGUUCUGCAUAGACAAAGUGGGGAAGGAGACAUGGCUGCCUAGAAGUCACACCUGCUUCAAUCGACUGGAUUUGCCACCCUAUAAGAACCUAGAGCAACUGCGAGAGAAACUUCUUUUUGCUAUCGAGGAAACGGAGGGAUUUGGACAAGAGUGAACAGGACCAAGAUGAUAAUUUAAGCAGUAUCAUAGAUUAUUUGACUUGGCAUUACAUUAAUACCACUAAUGUGGACUGAACUGAUGAACUACUGAAGAGAACAGCAAUUGAAUUACAGUUUAAAAGUUCAGGGUCACCGAUGGACCAACAGCCGAUUUAUGAUAUGAUCCUAUGAGUAGUUCAAAUAUAAUAUUUCAUUUAGGCAUUUCAGGGAAUAAUACAUCUAAAUUUACAGUUCAAAUUUCACCAUACAUUUCUAUGCAGACUAAACAAUGCAAAUGAUAACACAAUUCACCGCAUUAAAUGUAAUUGCUUAUAUUUUCAAUGCAAUUAAAAUGAAUUCCCUGAACUGUCUUAUUUAAAAUGGGACUGAUUUUACUGUGAUGUGAGGAGACUUUCAAACUCCCUUUUGCAGAAUCCAAAACAAUGAUCAUCAUGAAACUAUUAUGAUAGUUCAUUUGCAGAUGUAAACAGAGCUCAAUGCAUCAUAUCAGUAUGUGUACAUGAGACAAAUGAGAGAGAAAAUAAUUGUUUUAAGGUUGAUCAGAAGUGAAUUUAUUUUUACUUUGUGACAUGCCAUUUUAAGGUGUACAUAGUUUAAAUAAAAUCCAGUGAUGGAAUGUGAACACACUGGUUAUUGCACAAAAUCAGCUUUUUUCUUUAUAAUUUUUUAUAUAUAUAUUUUUUUUUUUAUGAAAACAUUUGAAAUUUGUAGAAUAUUAGCAGAAACAAAACUCUUGCAGAUGUUCAAAUACUGUUAUGCCAACUAUACUCAGCUUUAUAUUUCUUCAAUACCUGGUUGAAUAUCCCAAUUCUCUAAGCAGAGUGUAUAAAUCAAAGAUCGGAUAGACAGAAAUUUCCUUCUACUAAAUUCUGACAAAACAGAGGUAUUAAUUAUUGGACCAAAAACCUCUAAAAAAAAAAAUAAGACACUAAAAUAUAAUUUGACUCUCGAUGGAUGUACUGUUAUGUCAUCUACAGUUAAGAACUUGGGUGAUGUUUGAUACCAAUCUGUCCUUUGAAAAUCACAUUUCCAAUGUUUGUAGAACAACAUUCUUCCACCUCAGAAAUAUUGCUGUUAUGACACAUGCUCUGUUGCUGAUGCUGAAAAACUAAUUCAUGCAUUCAUGACCUCAAGAUGAGAUUAUUGUAAUGAACUACUGGGUGGAUCAGAGUUUCCUCUAAGAAAUUGUGGUGCUGGCCAACAUGUCCAGGAAUUAGAAAGUUUAUCAGACAAAUUGGAAAAAAAUCCGGUCAUCUCAUUUCGGUGUUUAUUUUACGCUGGAACACGAUGGACUCGUGCAUAAUAUGUAAUAUAAUAAUGAUACAAUCAAGUAAAAUGAACAGUAAACGUUUGUUCAUUAUAGCAUAAAAAAAACGGCAAUCAUGGAAAAGCGUCUAAUUCUUAAAAACAUUAUUAAUAAAAACAAAGGGCAAAACAAAAAAAACUAAACUGCAAAUUGCCACAUCUUUUUGUUCGCAACGAAAUAUAUAUAUAUAUAUAUAUAAAUUGUGUGGUUAUUGUGUCAUAAGAAUAAAGAGAAAGAAAUUAGCCAA